AUGAAUGGGAAGACCACUAGGCUAGUGUUCGAGGGUGAUAAUGUGAGCGGGGGUGGAGGAGUCACAGUGGAACAAGACUCACAGUGGAGCAAGACUCACAGUGGAGCAAGACUCACAGUGGAGCAAGACUCACAGUGGAGCAAGACUCACAGUGGAGCAAGACUCACAGUGGAGCAAGAGUCACAGUGGAGCAAGAGUCACAGUGGAGCAAGAGUCACAGUGGAGCAAGACUCACAGUGGAGCAAGACUCACAGUGGAGCAAGACUCACAGUGGAGCAAGACUCACAGUGGAGCAAGAGUCACAGUGGAGCAAGAGUCACAGUGGAGCAAGAGUCACAGUGGAGCAAGACUCACAGUGGAGCAAGACUCACAGUGGAGCAAGACUCACAGUGGAGCAAGAGUCACAGUGGAGCAAGACUCACAGUGGAGCAAGACUCACAGUGGAGCAAGACUCACAGUGGAGCAAGAGUCACAGUGGAGCAAGACUCACAGUGGAGCAAGACUCACAGUGGAGCAAGACUCACAGUGGAGCAAGACUCACAGUGGAGCAAGACUCACAGUGGAGCAAGACUCACAGUGGAGCAAGACUCACAGUGGAGCAAGACUCACAGUGGAGCAAGACUCACAGUGGAGCAAGACUCACAGUGGAGCAAGAGUCACAGUGGAGCAAGAGUCACAGUGGAGCAAGACUCACAGUGGAGCAAGACUCACAGUGGAGCAAGACUCACAGUGGAGCAAGAGUCACAGUGGAGCAAGACUCACAGUGGAGCAAGACUCACAGUGGAGCAAGACUCACAGUGGAGCAAGAGUCACAGUGGAGCAAGACUCACAGUGGAGCAAGACUCACAGUGGAGCAAGACUCACAGUGGAGCAAGAGUCACAGUGGAGCAAGACUCACAGUGGAGCAAGACUCACAGUGGAGCAAGACUCACAGUGGAGCAAGACUCACAGUGGAGCAAGACUCACAGUGGAGCAAGACUCACAGUGGAGCAAGAGUCACAGUGGAGCAAGAGUCACAGUGGAGCAAGACUCACAGUGGAGCAAGACUCACAGUGGAGCAAGACUCACAGUGGAGCAAGAGUCACAGUGGAGCAAGACUCACAGUGGAGCAAGACUCACAGUGGAGCAAGACUCACAGUGGAGCAAGAGUCACAGUGGAGCAAGACUCACAGUGGAGCAAGACUCACAGUGGAGCAAGAGUCACAGUGGAGCAAGACUCACAGUGGAGCAAGACUCAUAGUGGAGCAAGACUCACAGUGGAGCAAGAGUCACAGUGGAGCAAGAGUCACAGUGGAGCAAGAGUCACAGUGGAGCAAGACUCACAGUGGAGCAAGAGUCACAGUGGAGCAAGAGUCACAGUGGAGCAAGAGUCACAGUGGAGCAAGACUCACAGUGGAGCAAGAGUCACAGUGGAGCAAGAGUCACAGUGGAGCAAGAGUCACAGUGGAGCAAGACUCACAGUGGAGCAAGAGUCACAGUGGAGCAAGAGUCACAGUGGAGCAAGAGUCACAGUGGAGCAAGACUCAUAAUAGAGGACCUGAGUUACGCAACAAUAAUAUAGCUACUGAACACUCGAACAAAUGA